UAAUAUGUGUGACAUCAGAAAUGUGCCUCUAAGCUGUCAGGAUUUAAUGAUGUUUUUUUGUUGUUUUUUUUACUGGUCUUUAUGUUUGGUUCUUGCUCUCCGAGAGUGACACCUGGUGUGGGCUUGCUGGAUCUAGCUCACAGCCUGCCAGUGCAUGUGUGUGUCCCGGCUGUCCAGCUGGGUCCCGGUAAAAGUGAGACACACUAUAAGCGAGUGGUAGGGUUUAUUUUUGGGUCAGUGACAGCGAGUCGAUGGCUGCAGAUGCAUCUGAACGAAAGGCUCUAAGAUACAAGCAAACUCUGCUCUAUGGGGAGUACCAAGAGCACCAGGGCGGCUCAGGCCGACGGGAGGCAACUCGGCUACUGACAGAGAGGCAGAUCAAGAAACAUGGUGACCCCCAGCGCCGCCAGGGGACGUCUUGCCGAGGGCGCGAGCGCCAACGAAACAGUCAAAAUGGAUUCCACAGUCGCUUCGGAAACCAGCACAGUUUCCGCAACAGCCGGAACCGACGUCUGUCCAGCCUGCAGGUGGACUCUGUUGUCGCUCAAGCAACUGAGUUGGACAUCACGUCCUCGUCGAAGAAGACGCGGUCCUUUUCCAAGUGUAGAGGUGAAGUGGGUGACGGAAUGUAUCUAUCAAAGUGCAAGAUGUUCCUGAGUUGCUGUCCCUCUUUAGAUUGCAUAGCUCGGGUGCAGAGAUUCCUGGUUAAUCGGCUUGGGGAAGAUUGGAUCUUCCUGGUGCUGCUGGGGAUCACCAUGGCUCUGGUCAGCUGGUCGAUGGACUACGCCAGCGCAAAGAGCCUUCAAGCCUAUAAAUGGAUCUACGGGGAGCUGAGAGGGAAGGUCCCGCUGCAGUAUCUGGCCUGGGUUGCUUAUCCACUCAUCUUCAUCCUCUUCUCCUCCCUCUUCUGUCACCUGGUCUCUCCUCAAGCCAUUGGGUCUGGUAUCCCAGAGUUAAAGACCAUUCUAAGGGGUGUGGUGCUUAAAGAAUAUCUGACCUUCAAGGCUUUCAUUGCCAAGGUCAUUGGUUUGACCGCAGCUCUAGGCAGCGGCAUGCCAGUAGGCAAAGAGGGUCCGUUUGUCCACAUUGCCAGCAUCUGUGCCGCUGUUCUUAGCAGGUUCAUGUCCUUCUUCUCUGGAGUUUAUCAGAAUCCCUACUGUUACACCGACAUCCUGACAGUCGGUUGUGCUGUUGGAGUGGGCUGCUGCUUCGGAACGCCUCUUGGUGGGGUGCUCUUUAGCAUUGAGGUGACGUCCACUUAUUUCGCAGUGAGAAACUAUUGGAGAGGAUACUUCGCUGCAACGUUCAGCGCCUUCAUAUUCAGAGUGUUGUCUGUCUUUAACAAAGAUGCAGUCACAAUCACGGCUUUGUUCAGAACCAACUUCCGCAUGGACUUUCCCUUCGAUCUGCAGGAGCUGCCGGCAUUUGCAAUCAUUGGGAUCAUCUGCGGCUUCCUCGGUGCCUUCUUCGUCUAUCUCAACAGGCAGGUGGUGGUGUUCAUGCGAAGGCCCAACGCCAUGACCCGCUUCCUGACCAGACAUCGACUGCUGUUUCCUGCCGUGGUGACGCUGGUCAUUGCUACCUUGACAUUCCCACCCGGCUUUGGACAGUUCAUGGCAGGAGAGCUGAUGCCUCGAGAGUGUAUAAGCUCUCUCUUUGACAACUUCACUUGGACAAAGAUUUCACCUUUGGCACCGCCUCCUGGUCUGGGUCGGUCCUCAGCCUGGCUCCACCCUGAUGUCAGUGUCUUCAUCAUCCUGCUGCUUUUCUUCAUCAUGAAGUUCUGGAUGUCUGCUGUGGCAACCACCAUGCCCAUUCCGUCUGGGGCCUUCAUGCCUGUUUUCAUCCUGGGAGCGGCGUUUGGCAGGCUGGUGGGCGAGAUCAUGGCCACACUUUUCCCCAACGGGAUCGUGUUUGAUGGCAUCCUUUACCGAAUUAUCCCUGGAGGGUAUGCAGUCAUUGGAGCAGCGGCGCUGACCGGGGCAGUGACACACACCGUUUCUACAGCAGUCAUCUGCUUUGAGCUGACGGGUCAGAUCUCUCACAUCCUCCCCAUGAUGGUGGCGGUCAUCCUGGCCAACAUGGUGGCUCAGGGCCUCCAGCCAUCGCUGUAUGACUCUAUCAUCCAGGUGAAGAAGCUGCCGUACCUGCCGGAGCUCGGCUUUGGCCACAUGAGCCAGUACAACAUCUUUGUGGGGGACAUCAUGGUGAGGAAGGUCCAGUUUGUUUCCUCUCAGUCGACCUACAGGGAAGUCAAACUGCUGCUGGACUCGUCCUCGCUCAAAACCAUCCCCCUUGUCGACUCCAAAGACUCCAUGAUUCUGCUGGGCAGCAUUGACCGACUUGAGCUGUUGGCCCUCUGCGAUUGGUGGUUGUCCCCUGAGAGGCGACUCCUGAUGCAGGGCUUCCUUCAGGAGCACAGACCCAGCUGGGAAUCUUUGUCCUAUGUCAAUGAGGAAGAGGAGGAUGACGAAGAGAAGGGGCCACCAGUGCUGGAAGAGAGGAAUGGACCAAUCCCUGCACAGAGAUCUCCUGAGCCCUCUCCAAACUACGCUGGCCCUGACCCUGAAGACGGUCCUCUGCAGAGUUUCAGCCAGACACUGAGGAAACUCUUCAGCUCCAAGAAAAGAGCCACAGAAGGAGCCGCACAGGAGCCGCCCCCCCCACCCCUAACAGACACCAUGACACCUGAGGAGAUCAGAGCGUGGGAAGAAGUGGAGGUGAACAAGCCGAUGGAGAUCGAUGAGAUCAGAGUGGAUCCGUCACCUUUCCAGCUGGUGGAGAGAACAUCAUUGCAUAAGACUCACACCUUGUUCUCCCUGCUGGGUCUGAGUCAUGCUUAUGUGACCAGUAUUGGCAAACUGGUGGGAGUGGUGGCACUGAAAGAGCUCCAAAAAGCUAUCGAAGGCUCCACCCGCUCGGGUGUCUGGCUCCGUCCUCCACUUGCAAGUCUCCGUGACAUCAGCAAUCACAAUUCUGUCUCAAAACCUGCCACUUCUCCUCAUUCCUCCGCUCCUUCGUCUCCCACCUCCCUCUCUGCUCCCUCAGUUUUACCCCUUUCCUCUGCCCACCCUCACCCCUCUCUGCCACAUCAACACAAGAAGAUAGAGGUGAGUGUAGAGGGAGUGGUGAAGGAGGCUGAGGAGCAAGAUGUCCUUCCCACCCCCUCUACUCCCCCUGCCACACCUCUCUGCCCACCGACACCCCCACAUGGACUCUUGGAAAACGAUGAAGACAGUGACAGUGAACCGAUGGUGUGACU